UUGAUUUCUCGAGAUUGAUACAGUGCCCGAGCCCGAAAUAGGUGCAAUUAUUGGUGAGCAUAUAUCAUUAGAAUUCAAGUCGGUGGAUCUUGGUACCCUUCGAGAGUCAGGUGCGGAUGAAAACACCAGAAAAUCUGGAACAAUACUCGAAGUCAGUGCAGCACAAAAGCCGGCUUUACGCCAGACUAUAGGAGGAUGCGGAAGAAAGAUCUGGAAGCUGUUACUUUUCAACCCGAAACUUGGUAAUUUUCAGCAAGGUUAUGAAUUGCUGAUCUCCGAAGAAGCUUACGAUUUAAGCCUUGGACUCCUGAGAACAUGCAAACAUAGUUGUUUCGAAGCUUCAGAGGUUCUGUACGGUCGCAAUACGUUCUUCUUUGUUGCUGUUAGCCAGUAUGAGGUGAACUAUUUCCAGGACAUCUUUCGGCGAUGUCCAAUUACAAGAUAUGGCAUAGCAACUGUAAGAUCGAGAAUCCAGAAGAUAUGGUCUAGCUACAUCUUAACGAUGCAGAAGGUCAGAAGAAAGAAAACAAUAAUUGGUACGGUUGAGCUGUCGUACACCUGCGGAAGAGAGAUCUGUAAUGCUCCGCUCCCACCAACUUCUUUAGGAAUAGUUGUCAUGUCAGAGCAGUGGAAAGGGGCAAUAACCGUUCCAGAAUACUCAGGGGAUACUGUGAAUAGGUUGAGAUCAGCUGUAGAGCUUAUCCAAGCGCUGCGUAACUUGAGAAACAUUGGGGAAUUAAGCUUUGAUAAUGCAAAGCCUACUUAUUGUCCAAGGUUCAAUGAUCAUUUAUCAGAAAAUAUGACUUACCGCGAGGUAGAUUAUGUUACGAAAGACACUCUGUACCAUCCAGUAACUUUGCUGUUAAAAGCCGAAUUGCGGGCUCUAGUAACCGGAAACUCCCCAGUUGAGUUAUUAUGCAAUAUGAAUCAAUAUCCACUGGACUAUGCUAAGAUAUAUGAACGCUUUACUACUUACAGAACAGAAAUGGGCAGAAACAGGGUCCAUCGUGGAGAUUCAUUAUGUGGACUUACUCGGCGCGUUAACCGUAGGAUUAUAAGCCCGACAGAAAUCUGGUUCAACCCAUCUUGGCCUCAUAAUCAUCAUAAAUUUCAACAUCACCUCGGGCAUCCCAUUGAGGUCGGACUGGACAAAUGCAACACGUCGGCCGAUGGCAACGAUGUCGUCACUUUCAAGUCAGAACGUCGCAUUAUCUUACAAUACCUAGAGCGCCAAAAACACAAAUGUAAAUAUGGCUUAUUCGACAUUAACAGAGAGAGAGAACCUUCGAGUGACUUUAUCUUGCAAGGCUAUUGCGAUAGUAUGAUGGAAGAGCAAACAGCAAAUGGCUGUGUGCUGCUCGAAACAUACGCUGAUACAUUCAAGCGCGAGCAGACUGUCUCUAAAAAGCAACAAUUGCGAGAAUGCGAGCAGAAUUCGAUGGCCAUCAAAGACGUACUUCAGGCUAUACGAAACUCCCAAGAUGGUUGGAACCGCAAUGCUUGGGCCGAAAACUUUAUUAUUGCUUUCGAUGAUGUGGAAAAGCAGCUCGAGGAGUUACAGAAAGCUCGAAGAGGGAUUUUCAGUUGUGAUAUUUCAUCCAAUUGGGAUUGUGAUUUUGAUAUACAGCUGGGACAGACCAAUAGAAAACGUGUCGAUUGGAGUUUUCAUGCCCCUGGUUUCAUUAGAUACUGGUCUCUGACGAUAUGGUAUGAGAACGGUGAGGCGAGGAGGCUAGACUAGCGAAGCUAUUGU